AGAUUUUUUUCUUUUUUCUCUCUCCUCCGAGCUUGUCACUGGUCUCUGAUCACCCUUCUUUCUCUGACACCACCCACACCAUCACCACCGCAGCACUUCCUCCUUGGAUCCCUUCGCCAGCGCAUUAUCGCUGCCGUCUCCGAUGUGGGGGUCGUGGAAACCUUCAUCUCAGACACCGACCUUCCCGCAAAUGUCGCCUUCCUCGGCCUCGUCGUCGAUUCCCCGUGCAACCGCCUCCUCGCUGAAGACGGUGUUGCCGUGGGAGAGGAAGAUCAAGUGGUCUAAGAGAGAUUCUGUAGCUAGGUUAGUGAAUGGACAUGAUGAAGAUGUUUCCGCUCUGAGCGAUUCGCUGUAAGACUUUGACGACCAUGAAGGCGCUGGUGGAGUCGAGGUUGGAGGUUGGUUCGUCGAGGAAGAGCACGAUGGGGUCGUGGAUGAUGUCGGUGCCGAUGGAGACGCGGCGACGUUCACCACCGGAGACGCUGCGAUGGCCCUUGUCGCCGAUGACCAAAAGAGGGAGAAGCUCGGAAGAGAGAGAGAAAAGAUCUGUGUAAACAAUUUCAUCUUAUCUUAAUCGAUCUUAACCGUUUGAUUUUUUAAAUUUUAAAUUUUUUUUUAAUUUUAAAAUCGGAUGGAGACGAUGCAUUUUUUUUUUUUUUCACCAAAACUUGCACAUGGUGCCCAAGAAGUUUUUGUCGUCAUGAUUAAGUAAGCAGGAAUAGGAAUAACAUUUGUACCAAACACUAGACCUGGGCGUAGACUGGUCCGUGGCGCACACCAAACAUGAAGAUGAUAUCGACGAAUAGAGAGAAGGGUGGUAGGUGGUAGCCACUUGUCUUUCUCUCCCUUCAUAAUUUACACUCAUUGCCACCAACCAUCACCAACCUCCCUUUUUUUUUUUUUUUUUUUUCUUUUUCUCUCUCAACUCAACUCAACAACUAAACUUUGAACUUGAUAGAUACUGUGAGUGUUUUUGUUCCUCAAUCAAUCUAAUUCUCUCAAUGGCUUCUUCUCUCUCCACCAAACCAUUCUCAUCAACCGACGCUCUCUCCGCCUUCGCUUCUCUCAAUCCCGAUCUCCGAUCCUUCUCCCCCGGCUACCUCCGUCUCUCACUCCGUCCUCGUCUUCCCAAGAGACUUCAGAUACGGGCUGCUGGGAGUAUCUAUGGAAAUCACUUUCGUGUUUCAACAUAUGGAGAAUCGCAUGGAGGAGGUGUUGGUUGUAUUAUUGAUGGAUGUCCUCCUCACCUUCCUCUCUCCGAAGCUGAUAUGCAAUUGGAUCUUGACAGAAGGAGGCCAGGUCAGAGCCGAAUUACAACUCCUAGAAAGGAGACUGAUACAUGUAAAAUAUUUUCAGGAGUUUCUGAAGGACUUACUACUGGAACUCCAAUUCAUGUAUUUGUACCCAAUACUGAUCAAAGAGGACAUGACUAUACUGAGAUGGCAGUAGCUUAUAGGCCUUCCCAUGCAGAUGCUACCUAUGACAUGAAGUAUGGUGUCAGAUCCGUUCAGGGUGGUGGUAGAUCUUCUGCAAGAGAAACAAUUGGAAGGGUUGCUUCUGGUGCUGUUGCUAAGAAAAUCCUUAAAGACUUUUCUGGAACUGAGAUUCUUGCCUAUGUCUCUCAAGUUUAUAAUAUUGUUCUUCCAGAGGACCUUAUUGAUCAUGACACUCUGACUCUUGAUCAGAUUGAGAGUAACAUUGUUCGAUGUCCAGACCCGGAAUAUGCAGAGAAGAUGAUAUCUGCAAUUGAUGCUGUGCGAGUGAGAGGUGAUUCUGUUGGUGGUGUUGUAACAUGCAUUGUGAGGAACUGUCCACGUGGUCUCGGUUCACCAGUAUUUGACAAACUUGAAGCUGAACUAGCUAAAGCUGCUAUGUCAUUGCCUGCAACCAAGGGCUUUCAGUUUGGUAGUGGGUUUGCAGGCACCUUUUUGACUGGGAGUGAACACAAUGAUGAGUUCUAUAUAGAUGAACAUGGAAACACAAGAACAAGAACAAAUCGCUCUGGUGGGAUACAGGGUGGAAUUUCCAAUGGGGAAAUCAUUAAUAUGAGAAUAGCUUUCAAGCCAACAUCAACAAUUGGAAAGAAGCAAAAUACUGUGACUCGAGAUAAAAAAGAAACAGAGUUUAUAGCCCGUGGUCGCCAUGAUCCUUGUGUUGUCCCAAGAGCUGUACCUAUGGUAGAGGCAAUGGUAGCUUUGGUUCUUGUGGACCAAUUGAUGGCACAAUAUGCGCAGUGUAAUCUGUUUCCCGUAAACUCAGAUUUGCAAGAACCCCUGGUGCCCAUAUUACGGCCAGAAGAAGCGCUUCUCUGAAGAUGAAGGGGGUGCAUAAACCAGUAAUUGGCCUUGGAUAAAAUCUUCCUUCUGGCUAGUGUUUAGUUGGCGGUUAAUUCACUUUGAUGACAAGUCCAAGUUCCCCCCUUGCGAGCAUUCGGCUCCUGGUCGCAUUGUGGCAGAUAUUUUUGCGGGUGCAAUCUAUCGUUUUGUAUUAAUGUAAGUUAAACUAUGUUUAUUUUCUUCUCUCCUAUUUUCUUUUUGAGGGUGAACAUUGUUUCCGGUAAACCUUGUUGCAAAAGCACAGAGAUAGGGGCAUUCUUAAAAGUGAACUGAUAUUAAAAAUUGUAAGAAAUGUAUCAGUUUUUGGUCUCAAUAAGUGUUGCUAUGCUUUUCAAUAAAUGAAAGCUUUGGCAAGUUUAACUGGCUGUUCAUAUUAUGCAUUA